ACCAUGUGAUUUAAUACGGAAGUUGGUGAAACGCGGUGAAAGCGACGGGAGUUUACCUUAAGCUUGUUAAUAGUUUAUUAGUUACUUUUAUUUUUCCUACACGUCGAGUGAAUAAACUUUUUUACAAUGGCAAGUGCUCCUCCGAUGGAACCCAUUUUGUCAGCUCCACCACCCUCCUAUGAUGAGACAAUGAAUGCUGGAGGAAUGUACUACCCACCAGGCAAUGCAGUACCUCCUCCAGUCCACAAUAAAGGUGCCCCUGCUCUUUAUCCAGUUCAGAAUUACACCCAGAUGUAUCCACCUGCUCCAACUAUACCUGCAGUACAAGGCCCUGUUGUUUCAGUGCAGACGGUGUACGUGCAGCCGACUGUCUUUGGAGAUCUUCCGGUGCAAACGGUUUGCCCUAUGUGUACACAAACUGUAGUGUCUCGACUGGAUUACAAUUCUGGUUCGAUGACCUGGCUGGCUUGUGCAGGGAUCUUCAUUUUUGGCUGCUUCUACGGCUGUUGCUUGAUCCCGUUCUGUGUGGACAGUUUGAAGGAUGUGAGGCACAUCUGCCCCAACUGCAACCACACCAUGGGUAUGUUCAAGCGACUCUAAUGUGAGGUGGUGUGACUCAAAGGAAACAUUUAGCCACAAUAUCUUUUAUACUUACUACAUUCCCUGUGUUGCUUAUUACAGCAAAAAUAUAGAAGCAGCCUAUAAGCACAUUAAAAUAUAGCUUACAUAUAUUUUUACUGACAAACAUUUAUAUAAUGGUAUAGCUGCACUAAAAAAGAUGUAUCUGUUUAGUUGUCACAUUAAUGUUACCUGUGGUCAGUACACUUUCAGAUUAACCAUACUGUAAAGUUACAUGUACUAUGCUCUUUAUAAUCUUCUGAGGCAAGACUUUCAUCUCAGACACAAUACGUCUGGAUAAAAUGAAGAAUCACCAAAUGACGUGGCAUUUACGUGAAAUUGUAUUUAGAAAGCCUGUGGACAUGGCCACCUUUGUUUUUAGUGCAGCUAAUCGCCAACUGUGCCCAGAUAGCCCUGUAGGACUAACCUCUUGAAACCUCAGAUUAAACCUGUCAGUUAAUUAUGAAACAUUUGUUACUCUGUGUUAGAUUCUGCCAAUACUGUACACUAGACAUCUAACUUUUAAAAAAAGUGAAGUGCCUUUAUUUUCUCUUUGUAAAAAUGGUCAGUGUUCUGCAGCUAGCAGGACUUUUUCUAUUUCUUCUCACAUACUUUUGUAAUACUUUUAUAAUCAGUAAUAUGUAUGUGAUAUUAAUCUAAAAAAAGUUAGUUACAUUUUAUUGUCCAUAUGUUUAUAUACCUGUGUUACACCAAAUAAAUAAACA